ACUUUGUGACAUGUGAAUCAACUUUAAAGUUUGGUUAGAAAAGGCUGAUGAUUAAACUCCUUUCUGACCAAAUGCUAUAGGAAGACAAAACAUGGGAGAGGAAAAGGGUUUUUGCUAGUGGAUUAAAAUGCCAUGUCAGAUACCAUGCCUUGCAAAAGUAUGCACACCCCAUUUGAGUUUGUUUUUUUUUGUUCUGUUUGUUUUUUACAUUUUGUCACAUUACAACUACAAACUGAUUGACCUUAAUAGGAUUUCAUGUGAUAGGCCAACAUCAUAAUUGUGCAUAAUAGAGUGGAAGGAAAUGAAAAACCUGAAAAGUGUGUCAUGCAUGUGUAUUUAGCCCCCUGUGUCAACACUUUGUUAUUCUAGCAGGAAGUCUUUUAGAGUAUGUCUCUACCAGCUUUAAUCUAAAGAGUGACAUUCUUGUCCAUUCGUCUUUGUAAAAUAGGUCAAUCUCAUGACCUAUCAGUCUCUAGAUGGGAUGGAGAGCGUCUGUUCAUCAGUCUGCCUUCGGAGUCUCUGUUGAAUCUUUAGCUCUGAACUUUGAUCCAGGUUUGAUCUGAGCCGUUCCAUUGUAACUCUUGCUGUAUGCUUAAAACGGUUAUUCUCCUGGAAAAUGAACCUCUGCUCCAGUCUUAAGUUUAUUGCAGCCUCUCAUGUUUUCUUCCAGGAUUUGAUUGUGUUUACUUCCAUCCAUUUACCCAUCAACUGACCAGCUUAGGAGCUGCAUGCAUACUGAGAUUAGAUUACCCAUAGUUAAUUUGUUGCCCUGGAUUUUAUUUAAGGGAAUCAGAGAAAAUAUGGCAGAAAGCAUAUGCAUGCUACAUUUUUGAGAUUUUUAUGAGGCCUGGCACAGAACAGUUGUAUUCAUAGAUGUCAGGAAAACAUGCAGUUGCAAUGCUCUUGCUGAUUAUUGCAAUGACAAUAUCGAUUACUGAUAACCCAUUAUUUUCUGACUUUUUAUUUGGUACUAUGUUCCCACCACUCUGAGAUUUAUCAUUUUGGCCAAUAAAAAUAUACAUUUAAUGUGAGCAUAAAAGUCCAUCCAACAGGCCAAAGAAUAUCAAUGUCAUGCAUGACAUUUAAAAUCUAAUAUCACACCAAAUAUUGCAUCCAAGAAGUCAUUUUCAAAUGUGAUAUUCCAAGCAUUAACGGGAUGACGACUGUGAUUUAAAGUCUUUGAAUUUACGCAGAGGUUUAAUUACACACGGGUGGGCUCUAAUUGCUAAUCAAAUGAAAUACUUAAUUAGUAACUGUGAUUUUAUUUGGGGACAUCAGGGUAAAAGAGGACUGAAUACAAAUGGAUUGUGUGCUACUUUGUGUUGAUCUAUCACAACAAAUCCUAAUAAAAUACAUUGGUUUGUGUUUGUAAUGUGACAAAUUAGGAUAAAGGUCCCAGACACGUCUGCAAGGCACUACGAGUUACUUUCAAAGUUUAACAGAAGUUAGAGCAGCAUAGCUUAUUUGCUUUCUGUACAGAAAGUCUUAUUUCCUUAAGUUCUAUAAAAAGGUCAUACUUUGCUGGUUUUUUUUUGCUGGGUCCAUGCUUAGUGUCCAUACUCUCUUCUGUUGUUGGAGAUGACUACUGCAUUCUGAGAGGUUGCUCCUCCCUCCUGCACAGAUGAGAUAUAAAGCCAUCUGUUCACCCCUCUCAGCUCUCCAGUUUGUUCGGAUCAGCUCGCCAGUUAUUGGAAAAAUCAUCUGUAAUCUCCUACAGCCAUCUUUUGACUUUUUAAUGUCCUUGUUGAGUUUCAUUCUGUCUGUUUUGUGUUUAUAAUAUUCACAUGUUUCCUCUCCGCUUCAUCUGUGCUUGCUGUGCAAUGGUGUUGAGCCCCUCUGGGAAGCAUUUGCAGUAACGGCAUGGCUUUGUCCAGUGUGAACACCAGUAACACCAGUUUGGAGACUGUCCUGCCAGGGGAUGAGCCCCGUGAUGAGCGCCUAGCUCGCCUGGAAAUAUCUCUGCUGUCCAUCAUCUUCAUCGCCGCAGGGUUCCUCAACUUUGGGCUCCUUUUGGUGUUGUGGAAGCGCAGGAAGCAGCUCUCCAGGAUGCGCGUCUUCGUCUUCCACCUGUGCGUCGCAGAUCUGGUGGUCACAUUCUUUCAAGUGUGUCCCCAGCUCAUGUGGGACAUCACGGACAGAUUCGUUGGUCCGGACAUACUGUGUCGCCUGGUGAAGUACCUGCAGGUGGUCGGUAUGUUCGCCUCCACUUACAUGAUCGUGGUGAUGACCAUCGACAGAUAUCAAGCCAUCUGCAACCCCAUGGUGACUUUUCAGAGAAGGAGAGCGCGCUGGAACGGUCCGGUGUGCGCCGCCUGGUGCGUCUCCUUCAUCGGCAGCCUCCCGCAGGUCUUCAUCUUCUCCCGGGUCGAGGUCGCUCCUGGCGUGUACGAUUGUUGGGGUCAGUUCGUCAUGCCGUGGGGUCUGAGAGCCUACGUGACCUGGACGACUAUGGUGAUUUUCGUCUUGCCGAUUCUCAUCGUGAUCGUGUGCCAGGUGCGUAUCUGCCGCGCCGUGCACACCAGCAUCCACAUGAAGACGCACCACGCCGGGGAGGCGGUGACUAAGCCGCUGUCUUCCCGGGCCAGCUGCGUGGCAGGACUGUCGAAGGCGAGGGUGAAGACGGUGAAGAUGACUGUGGUCAUCGUGAUGGCCUACAUCCUCUGCUGGGCGCCAUUCUUCACCGUGCAGCUGUGGUCUGUCUGGGACGUAGAAGCGCCCACCCAGUCGGCCACCUUCACAGUCCUGAUGCUGCUUUCCAGCCUGAACAGCUGCGCGAACCCCUGCAUUUACUUGGUUUUCAGCGGGAAGCUCCCUGAGAGGCUUGUCGCCCUCAUGUGUGUGGAUGAACCUGAUCUGAAGGAGUCCAUGCAGGAGGAGGCCACCAUGGUCAGCUCCCUGUACAUCAGCCUCAAAGGCCUGUCAGACUGCAGAUAGAAGUUCAAGAGACAUCCCAUUUUUUUUUAUUUGUACCUCAUGGCUGCCUGUUGCAUGUUGAGGGGCAGGACCAGGCAAAAUCUCCUAAAAGGUGUGAUGAUACUUCAGCAGGAGGGUCUCUGCUGUACAAAUGAUUGAUGUUCAACAUGAGUUGGGAAGAGAACAACUAAUGUUUUGAGCAGAGAGGCCCCUAAGGUACCAUCUGAGACAGAAAUCAGUCAAACCGAAUGAGUUGGCGUCCCCAAACCUUUCACAGAAAGAGUUUAACAUUCAGGUUCGUAAACUUGACUACUUCAUGUAUUUUACAAAUAAGAAUAAAGUUGACACAUUUAGACAUUGGUUGUCUCCAAAAAAAAAUCAGUUCUAUAGAGCCUUUACUACCAAAGUCUAUCUUUGCACUGUUACAUGGAAAUUCCUGGCAAUUUGCUUAUUAAAUAAAAGAGUAAUAAAUUAUGGCUCAUGCAGAUAAAUGUAGUCAAUUUCUAAAAGCUUUUUCUUCAAAGAAACUGUUGCACUGAAUUUUCACUUCUCUGAUAGCUUGGCUUUUAAAGCGUUACUGAGAGACCGAUGGAGUUUUUGUCUGUUUCAGUUGUCCUUUGUGUUUAAUUGGAAAUGUAAAUGUAUUAGUCAUUAGGCUCGUCUUUUCAUCAGGUAGUUGGGGUCAAGUAAAUCUGUGAAUCUGCUGCAAAAAAUAUUUUUAACUAAAAUCUCUAGAUUCCCAAUCAGUUUUUGUUGGAGCAGCAAAAUAGUGGUGCUAAAAGAAGCUGACACAAUUUCAUGUGAGCGGGGUAUGUUUUGCCGGCACGCCAGUAUGAGAAUUUCAAGGUUUGACAGCAUUUUCAGAAAAAUACUUCAGUAAAACGGUACCAAAAGAAAAAAUAAAAACAUUUCACCACUAAUUGCUUUUAUUUAAAACGAAUAUUUUUCCAGCAGCUGUUUCAAUAAAGUAUCUUAUUUGUAUUUGUUAUUUUAGAACAUAGACAUUUGCUAAAAUAUAGAAUAAACACCUGCAACAUUCUGCAAAUGUUUUCAGGUAAACAUGCUUAUUGUUUUGACCUUUAUACAACAAUCCUGUGAAUACAACUGAUACUAGCUGUUAGUCAGGGUAUCUGCUCAGGUAGCAAGCCUGCAGAAGUGCAGCUCCCCUUGGUUUUCAUCAUCACAGUGAGUUUUCUUUCUUCUAAGCCAGGGAAAGUGUGGUAGCCUUCCUUUCAGCCAGCUGACUGGUUAUGUGCAACAAUAGUUGAAGAAGGGGCGAGAUAAAUGCUCCUGCAGAACAGAGAAGCAAAUUUACAGUCUGCAGCUUUAUAGUUCUCAGCACAAAUAUGUGGCAGGUGGCACCAACAUCCAGUAUCAAGAUACGCUGCUUAUUUAAACAAGCCCAUUUUAUACCUUAACAUUCAGAUCACAAGGAAAUCUUCGUUUCUGCUUUAAAUCAAUUAAAACGUUUCAUUUUGAUUUGUCCUUUUUAAUGUUGCUGUCUGACAAGCUGUAUUGCAGAGCUAUUUGAAGCUGAAAAACUGCAUAGAACAACAGAAAAUGUCUCCCCUAUGUUAUGAACAAAAACAGGUUGUGAAUUAAACAAACAUUCAGAUCGGACUUCCAAGAUGAAUAAAUCCUUUGUAGUGUGUUUGGUUAGAAAAGGAUAAUUAGAAACUGCUGGGACAACAAAUCUUUGAAAAAGGCUUUGGGCCUUAGAAAAACUACAAAAAUGACUUUUUACUUCUUUUUGUUUUUAUUGUUUAAUCAGAAACAUAAUUUUGACAGCAACAACCAUAUAUUAAAAAUGGGAAUGAUAAAUGUGUGCAUUAAAUGAAGAUUUGCAGAAGAAAAUCACUCUCAUACCCUAUAAUUUACUCCACUCCAAAGCUUUGAGUAUUUUUAUUGCAUAUUUAUCAUAAAACAAGAGCCUUUUAUAUGCAGUCUGUUUUUUAUUUACUUUAUUUAUUUUACAUAUAACAGUUUUGGGGUGUGCAAAAAGAGUUCCAGUCCAGUGCCGUGAAAAAGUACUUCCCCCCCCCCCCCCUCCUCACACUUUCUUUUCUUUUGGCUUUGUUUGUCACACCUACAUUUUUCAAAUUAUUAAAUGAAUUUUUAUGUCUGACAAAGAUGACCUGCGUUUAUUCAAAAAGAGUUUUCAAAUGAUGAAUUCAUUUAUUAGGGGAAAAAGCUCUCCAAGCCAAUCUGGUGAUAUGUAUGAAGUAUUUGCCAAAUAAAAGUGAAUAACUGAUUGUA